GCUGCAUUGUACUACGGCACCGUGCAUAGUCACGAUUAAUCUUUUCAUACAGCGCGACAUUCGUUUCAGCUCGGAAUAUUCGUUGCGUUAAUCUAUUGAAGCUGACAAAUAACAGACACGAAUUUUUCGUCCACAAGCAUGCGAUUAAUGGAGAUUUAGACCGACCGUCGACUCAAUGAAUACAACUUCCGACACUACAAACAUAUACGAGCCUCUUGAAAGUGAAACUCUAUGAAACAAGGUGUGCUGAUAAAGCUGAUCACUCGCUCUAUUUUAAUGAAAUGUCGACAUUGACAAAAAGUGAAUCCAGUUAACUUCCGGAAGUUGGUGCAUCCCAUACCGAUCGUGGCGUGAAUGAACGUAGAUGUCAUCCUGCCAAACAACAUCGGGCGCGAUCUUCGUCGAGGCAGACACCGAUCUCACGAUACGGCAAUAAGAAUAUAUUCUCCAUUCAUCGGUGUGUCGUCAAUAAACGGCAAGGUCGGCCAUAGUCGCCAUGGAUCCACCGGUUUGGUGGUCCGCGACGACAACGAACACCAGCACCGCGAUAUAAUGACCGAUAGUCAUUCCGAGUGCAAACACCUGUCAGCUCGGAUCGUCGAGGUGGGCCGAGGCGUGGGCGAGCGGAUGAACGUCUGUCAUCCACCAGUUGUGCCUCCUCGGCGAUUCUUGGCGACUGCUUGGACUCGCGACGAAUCCGUGUUGCUGAGUAGUGACAUUAUCUUUACGGUCGAGUCGUAGGGCGUGAGUCACGCGUGAAUGACGACAACGUCGACGACGACGACGAC